AUGGACGACGAUGACGAGCUUAUCUACAGUGACGAUGAAGUCGAAGAACCAUCCUUGCUGCAAACUAAAAAUGACGAAAACCUCAAUCUCAGCCUAGAUUCUAAGGAUAAUAUCAUCCAGAAUCUCAUCAACAAAAAAGAUGAUUCCAGCAGUCUCAUUGAUAGCACCACUACUAAGAAAAGCGAUAUCAAUGUUGACGGAAAAGAUAAAAACAAAAAACAGACUCUCGAUCUUGAUCUUGAUCUUGACCUUGAAAAUGAUAAUGAUAAUACUAAUACUGACACCAAAAACGAAAAUGAAAAUGAAAAUGAAGCCCGGGAAAAAGAUGGUGAUGACGAAGGCGGUGACAAUGAUGACAAUGAUGACAAUAAUGAUGAUGACAAUGAUGAUGAUGACGACGAUGACGACGAUGACGAUGAUGAGGAUGAAGAUGAGGAGUCGGAUAUAGAAUUAAUCAUAGAUGGCCCCUUAGAUUCUGCAAAUCCUCUCUCAACUGCCUCCCCAUUGAAAGCUUCCACUCAGCUUCAUACCAAAGAGGAUUCAAAUCAAAUCUCUUCAAAAAUAGAACCAACAACAAUUGCCUCAAAUGACAAUAUUCAACUUUCCUCAAUGAACAACAUAUCUGCUGGUCUCAACAUUGACGAAAUCGCCCAACUAAAUGGUCAACCAAUAACAACUCUAAAUCUAUCCCAACUAAAGGAAAAACCCUGGAGGUUGCCUGGUGCUGAUGUAGCUGAUUACUUCAAUUUCGGUUUCAACGAAAUCACUUGGAUAGCCUAUUGCACAAAACAAUCAAACUUGAGAAAAGAAUUCGACCUCAACGAAUUCCAACUAAAAUUAAAUCUCAACGGCAUCAACCAAAAUAACCCAAACUUGCCUCUAAAUAACAACCCUUCAAAUCUAAACUCUUCAAUUUUAAACUCCCUAAAUCCAAUGGGUUUUGGAAUCCCUCAUCCCUUUCCAAUGUCCAAUUUUGGUAACAUCAACAUGUCUAAUCCCUUAAACAACAUAAAUAACUUGGGCAAUCUAAAUAACUUUAAUAACUUGUCCAAUUUCAAUAACUUGAACAAUAAUCCCAAUACCCUCAGCACACUCAACAACCUCAACACUCUUACCAACAACAACUCUAACAACAACAAUAAUAAUAAUGACCCUUUAAACAAUCUCAGCAUAGGCUUACCAAAUAUCAACAUGUCAAAUAUCAACAUGCCAAAUCUUAUGAAUCUAUCCAACAUGAAUCUACCGAAUAUUAAUAUAAAUAAUGAUAAUCAUGGUUUGUCCAGUUUGCCCACAAUUCCAGCAAAACCACUCUCAUCUAGCAAUGCAAUCUCUAAUAAUAAUCUUAAUAAUCUUAAUCUUAAUAAUCUUAAUAGUCUUAAUAGUCUUAAUAAUCUUAAUUCAAAUAAUAACUCAAAUAUUAACUUGACUAACAAUUCAAAUAGUAAUUCACUUACCAACAUCUCUACUAUUAAUCCCAAUAAUGCCCCUAAUAACGCUACAAAUCCAAAUAAUAUCACUGCUAGCAAUAUAUCUUUGCCGAGUAUACCCUCUGGCUUGCCCAAAGUUCCUAGAGUAACAUCUAGUUCCAGCAAUGAUCAAUCCCAUUUAAUCUCAAACAAAGAUUCGAAUUUUGAAAAUGAAAAAAAUAAAUCAAAAGAAAAGGAAAAGGGUAAAGAUAAAGAAAGAACUAGAGAUAAAGAAAGAUCAAAAUCAAAACUAAAAGAUAAAUCCAAGGCUAAAGAAAAAUUGAAAGCAAAAGAAAAAGAAAAAGAAAAAGAAAAACAGAAAUUUGAUCCGGAUCUUGCAAAUGACACUGCAACACCAAAUGAUAAAUCCUUAUCUACCAAGAAAGAUAAUGAAAAUGAUAAAGGUAGUCGUGAAAGAGAAAGAGAUAGAACUAGAGACAGGGAAAGAGAUAGAGAAAGAGAAAGAGAUGACAGAGAUGUUAGAUCUUACAGAGAUAGAGACAGAGAUAGCAGGGACAGAGACAGAGACAGAGACAGAGACAGAGAUCGUGAUAGAAGACCUGGAAGUUACAAAAGAGAUUUUAGAGACAGAGACAGAGACAGAGAUCGUGAUAGAAGACCUGGAAGUUACAAAAGAGAUUUUAGAGACAGAGACAGAUACAGAGACAGAAGAAGAAGAUGA